CCACGCUGCUGAUGCUGUUGCGCAUGCGCACACUCCGACUGGUUUGGAGCAGCUUGGAGAUCGUAACGCGCUGCAAAACGUUCUAUACCUGGAUCAUCAAGGGUCCAGCCGUUCUGGAGCUACGGACGUAGGUCACUUGUGAAACGGCAUGGAGGGGGCCGUAGUUAGCAACCUUAUAGACUUUGACUCGCCUCCAGAAGGGACAGCGCCCUCUGCUGUAGGUUCUCACAGCGGGACAGACUUUUUCUCAGCGGAGCCUCUCGUACCUGAGCCUGCGAGUGCCACGACCAUUGAGCCCCUGUUACCGGAGCCCAUGGCCCCCACGCACAGCACCCACAGAGGAGACGAUGAAGGAAAUGACACUGACGCCACCGAGUCUGCAGACAGCGAGAACGAGGAUAUGGAAUCCGCGUCGCACCCGUCGAGCACACGGCGUUCAUCGUCGUGCUCCAGUCACAGUACAGAAGAUCCAGAAGAGACAGAAAUACGGGCUUUCAUGAAAAACUACGUGGAGAGAUUAUUCCACGGAAGAGAGGACUUCGAUCAGGAGGAGAAGGCUAAUUUUGGAAAGCUAUGUUCUGGAGAGAACGGGAAAGGAAGGGAGUGGUUCGCCAAAUAUGUCAGCGCGCAGCGCUGCCACUCCAAAUGUGUGAGUGAACAGACGUUCUACAGGCUCGUGCAGUCCUUUGCUGUUGUUUUGUUUGAAUGUUACCAGAUGGAUGAUUAUAGCCCUGCCAAACAUCUCAUGACCAUGUGCUUCACAUAUUACUACAUGGGUAAGUCACAGCUGUCUCCCUCCGAGCUGCUAGAGAGGCCCAGCGGGGGGAUCGACUCGUACCUGCGCAGCGGAAAGGUCUGGCUCUCUGGGAAGAAGGACAUCGCAGAGCGAUUGCUCAAAAACACUUCUGCCAAGACUGACGUUAAAGGAUUCUUCGGUGGUCUGGAGAGCAAACUGAGAGCACCAUUGGGUCGUAAGAAUGAAGACACAGACCGAGCAGCAGAACAGAAAACCAGAACUCCAGUUUCUCCACCUCUCUCCCCAGACAAAAAAGAGGAAGAAAAGAUUUACCUGUACACACACCUGAAACAGCAGCCCAUAUGGCACACUUUGAGGUUUUGGAACGCUGGGUUUUUUGACGCUGUCCAUUGCGAGAGAAAUAAAAGAUCCCCCACCACCAGGCGGACGGCUGAGGAAGAGAAAGAUGAAAGAGAAAAGUGGUGUCACAUGACCCAAGAAGAAAAAGAUGACAGCUCCAGAUUUAAUGAGAACAUCACCUUCGGUCAGCUGGGAACGUUCACUCAUAAUAUGGUUGCUUUUGGUCUGAGCAAAAAACUCUGCAAUGACUUUCUGAAGAAGCAAGCAGUCAUUGGAAAUCUAAAUGAAGAGCAAUACAAGCUGCUGUGCGACCACAUCGAGCAGAUGGCUGCCGAAUAAACGUCUAAGGCAGAAAUCAUCCAAACUCAACCGUCCACAUCAUUUCAACUCUCUAAUGAUCAGUAUUCCUCAAACGCAAACAUAGUUUUACCUCAAACUACCCACUACAGAAACUCAUACAGUGUCCAGCUGAAAUGUGACAACAGCGCAUUUUGUCCAAACAACUACAAAAAUAUGCACAUAUACUGGAAUAGCAAUAUAUCUUAUCAUGACAUCAUUACAAUUCUUAGGCGUCAUUUCAACUCGGUAUCUCAUUCAUUCACAGACGAUAUGGAGUUUUAUUGUGUGCUUUGAAUAUGAUGUUAUGAGUUUGUGAUAUAAAUGCCAUCCCGUGUGUUGAACAAAUCACGUACACACAAAGCUGGCCAGUUAAAAUGUCCAUUAAAGGGAUACCUCACCCAAAAAUGUAAAUUCUGUCAUCAUUUACUCACCUUCGAGUUGUUCCAAAUCUGUAUAGAUUUCUUUGUUCUGAUGAACACAGAGAAAGAUAUUUGGAAGAAUGCUUAUAACCAAACAGAUCUUGCCCCCCCCAUUGACUCCCAUAGUAGGAAAGAUUACUUUUUAUUUUUUUUGUUCUGUUGAAUACAAAAGAAGACAUUUUGAAGAAUGUAGGACAGCAAACAGUUCUGGGGCACUUUUUGUAUUUUUUCUUCCAAAUAUCUUUCUCUGUUUUCAUCAG